GCAGAGGGUGUUCUUUAAUGGAAGCCUCUCCGACAUAACCCAGGUCGAAUCAGGAAUUCCCCAGGGCAGCUGUCUAGGCCCCUUACUUUUUUCCAUCUUUACUAAUGACAUGACACUGGCUUUGAGUAAAACCUAAUAAUGUUAUAUAAUGUACUGUUUUAUCUUUAGUUUUAAUGUAAGUGCCUUAAUGUGUUUGGACCCCAGGAAGAGUAGCUGCUGCCUUGGCAACAGCUAAUGGGGAUCCAUAAUAAACCCCAGGAAGAGUAGCUGCUGCCAUGAUUGUCCCACUAGAUAAUCUGAUUUCUCCAUCAUUGUUAUCAUAGAUUCACAUGCAGAACUGAUGUCCUCUCUCAAUGAUUUACAGAUGGCUGUCAUCUUGCCGUUCUCCUGUUUAACUGUUUCAACUCAUUGAGCUGACCCUGGGAGAACUGCAAACUGUUCGUCUUUUAUUAGUUGAAUCCAUUUGGACACUUAAAGUUAUUUUCUUGUUGUUGUAACAACUGCUUGUGGAACUUUUUUUGUUCAUUUAAAAGAUCCUUCACCUGUGAUAGAGAGACACCACAGCCAUCAAUGGUACUCCUGCCGGCUUUGGUCUUUGUCAUAGUAACAACGUAGGAUACGCUGUUACCCCUCUCAGUUCCAGACAGGACAGGUUAUACUGUUUCUCCUCUCAGUUCCAGACAGGUUAUACUGUUACUCCUCUCAGUUCCAGACAGGACAGGUUAUACUGUUACUCCUCUCAGUUCCAGACAGGUUAUACUGUUUCUCCUCUCAGUUCCAGACAGGACAGGUUAUACUGUUACUCCUCUCAGUUCCAGACAGGACAGGUUAUGCUGUUUCUCCUCUCAGUUCCAGACAGGACAGGUUAUACUGUUUCUCCUCUCAGUUCCAGACAGGACAGGUUAUACUGUUACUCCUCUCAGUUCCAGACAGGACAGGUUAUACUGUUACUCCUCUCAGUUCCAGACAGGACAGGUUAUACUGCUACUCCUCUCAGUUCCAGACAGGACAGGUUAUACUGUUACUCCUCUCAGUUCCAGACAGGACAGGUUAUACUGUUACUCCUCUCAGUUCCAGACAGGACAGGUUAUACUGUUACUCCUCUCAGUUCCAGACAGGUUAUACUGUUACUCCUCUCAGUUCCAGACAGGUUAUACUGUUACUCCUCUCAGUUCCAGACAGGACAGGUUAUACUGUUACUCCUCUCAGUUCCAGACAGGUUAUACUGUUACUCCUCUCAGUUCCAGACAGGACAGGUUAUACUGUUUCUCCUCUCAGUUCCAGACAGGACAGGUUAUACUGUUACUCCUCUCAGUUCCAGACAGGACAGGUUAUACUGUUACUCCUCUCAGUUCCAGACAGGACAGGUUAUACUGUUACUCCUCUCAGUUCCAGACAGGACAGGUUAUAAUGUUACUCCUCUCAGUUCCAGACAGGACAGGUUAUACUGUUACUCCUCUCAGUUCCAGACAGGUUAUACUGUUACUCCUCUCAGUUCCAGACAGGACAGGUUAUACUGUUACUCCUCUCAGUUCCAGACAGGUUAUACUGUUACUCCUCUCAGUUCCAGACAGGACAGGUUAUACUGUUACUCCUCUCAGUUCCAGACAGGACAGGUUAUACUGUUACUCCUCUCAGUUCCAGACAGGUUAUACUGUUACUCCUCUCAGUUCCAGACAGGUUAUACUGUUACUCCUCUCAGUUCCAGACAGGACAGGUUAUACUGUUUCUCCUCUCAGUUCCAGACAGGACAGGUUAUACUGUUACUCCUCUCAGUUCCAGACAGGUUAUACUCUUACUCCUCUCAGUUCCAGACAGGUUAUACUGUUUCUCCUCUCAGUUCCAGACAGGACAGGUUAUACUGUUACUCCUCUCAGUUCCAGACAGGUUAUACUGUUACUCCUCUCAGUUCCAGACAGGACAGGUUAUACUGUUUCUCCUCUCAGUUCCAGACAGGACAGGUUAUACUGUUACUCCUCUCAGUUCCAGACAGGACAGGUUAUACUGUUACUCCUCUCAGUUCCAGACAGGACAGGUUAUACUGUUACUCCUCUCAGUUCCAGACAGGUUAUACUGUUUCUCCUCUCAGUUCCAGACAGGUUAUACUGUUACUCCUCUCAGUUCCAGACAGGUUAUACUGUUACUCCUCUCAGUUCCAGACAGGACAGGUUAUACUGUUACUCCUCUCAGUUCCAGACAGGACAGGUUAUACUGUUACUCCUCUCAGUUCCAGACAGGACAGGUUAUACUGUUACUCCUCUCAGUUCCAGACAGGUUAUACUGUUUCUCCUCUCAGUUCCAGACAGGACAGGUUAUACUGUUACUCCUCUCAGUUCCAGACAGGACAGGUUAUACUGUUACUCCUCUCAGUUCCAGACAGGUUAUACUGUUUCUCCUCUCAGUUCCAGACAGGACAGGUUAUACUGUUUCUCCUCUCAGUUCCAGACAGGACAGGUUAUGCUGUUACUCCUCUCAGUUCCAGACAGGACAGGUUAUACUGUCACUCCUCUCAGUUCCAGACAGGUUAUACUGUUACUCCUCUCAGUUCCAGACAGGACAGGUUAUACUGUUACUCCUCUCAGUUCCAGACAGGACAGGUUAUACUGUUACUCCUCUCCUCUCAGUUCCAGACAGGACAGGUUAUACUGUUACUCCUCUCAGUUCCAGACAGGACAGGUUAUACUGUUACUCCUCUCAGUUCCAGACAGGACAGGUUAUACUGUUACUCCUCUCAGUUCCAGACAGGACAGGUUAUACUGUUACUCCUCUCAGUUCCAGACAGGUUAUACUGUUACCCCUCUCAGUUCCAGACAGGACAGGUUAUACUGUUACUCCUCUCAGUUCCAGACAGGACAGGUUAUACUGUUACUCCUCUCAGUUCCAGACAGGUUAUACUGUUACUCCUCUCAGUUCCAGACAGGACAGGUUAUACUGUUACUCCUCUCAGUUCCAGACAGGUUAUACUGUUACUCCUCUCAGUUCCAGACAGGACAGGUUAUACUGUUACUCCUCUCAGUUCCAGACAGGACAGGUUAUACUGUUACUCCUCUCAGUUCCAGACAGGUUAUACUCUUACUCCUCUCAGUUCCAGACAGGUUAUACUGUUUCUCCUCUCAGUUCCAGACAGGACAGGUUAUACUGUUACUCCUCUCAGUUCCAGACAGGUUAUACUGUUACUCCUCUCAGUUCCAGACAGGACAGGUUAUACUGUUUCUCCUCUCAGUUCCAGACAGGACAGGUUAUACUGUUACUCCUCUCAGUUCCAGACAGGACAGGUUAUACUGUUACUCCUCUCAGUUCCAGACAGGACAGGUUAUACUGUUACUCCUCUCAGUUCCAGACAGGUUAUACUGUUUCUCCUCUCAGUUCCAGACAGGUUAUACUGUUACUCCUCUCAGUUCCAGACAGGUUAUACUGUUACUCCUCUCAGUUCCAGACAGGACAGGUUAUACUGUUACUCCUCUCAGUUCCAGACAGGACAGGUUAUACUGUUACUCCUCUCAGUUCCAGACAGGUUAUACUGUUACUCCUCUCAGUUCCAGACAGGACAGGUUAUACUGUUACUCCUCUCAGUUCCAGACAGGACAGGUUAUACUGUUUCUCCUCUCAGUUCCAGACAGGACAGGUUAUACUGUUUCUCCUCUCAGUUCCAGACAGGUUAUACUGUUACUCCUCUCAGUUCCAGACAGGACAGGUUAUACUGUUACUCCUCUCAGUUCCAGACAGGUUAUACUGUUACUCCUCUCAGUUCCAGACAGGACAGGUUAUACUGUUACUCCUCUCAGUUCCAGACAGGUUAUACUGUUACUCCUCUCAGUUCCAGACAGGACAGGUUAUACUGUUACUCCUCUCAGUUCCAGACAGGUUAUACUGUUACUCCUCUCAGUUCCAGACAGGACAGGUUAUACUGUUACUCCUCUCAGUUCCAGACAGGUUAUACUGUUACUCCUCUCAGUUCCAGACAGGACAGGUUAUACUGUUACUCCUCUCAGUUCCAGACAGGACAGGUUAUACUGUUACUCCUCUCAGUUCCAGACAGGACAGGUUAUACUGUUACUCCUCUCAGUUCCAGACAGGACAGGUUAUACUGUUACUCCUCUCAGUUCCAGACAGGUUAUACUGUUACUCCUCUCAGUUCCAGACAGGACAGGUUAUACUGUUACUCCUCUCAGUUCCAGACAGGACAGGUUAUACUGUUACUCCUCUCAGUUCCAGACAGGACAGGUUAUACUGUUACUCCUCUCAGUUCCAUACAGGUUAUACUGUUUCUCCUCUCAGUUCCAGACAGGACAGGUCGCAGGGAAGAUUGAAAACAAUAACAAACAGCAGGGAUCUUGACAGCCAAAAGCCCGGAACAAUCCGUGGUCCCAGCCACAAUGGCUAACAGUGUUGCGGGCAUCGUUCAAGCAGUCAAGAAAACCCUGCUAGCUUGAUAGGCAGCUAGCUAGCAACUAGGCACUUAACAGCCCCUCAUACCUGGCCUUGGUCGGCAGGAUCACUGGACAGAUAGUAGUGGUCCCAGCAACUGAUGCUGACCACGUCACGGGAUCCAAACUCUGAAGGUAGCUGGCUAGUAACCACACUUUUUCAAUGGAUUUUUCUACAAUAACGCUCUCCCUCGUUCCGCGUUCAACUGGAAGUGACGAGCGCCGCCUCUGGACGUAAAAACAGUAGACGAGGGGGGUAAGAUACACUAGGGGGUGUGUGUGUGUGUGUGUGUGUGUGUGUGUGUGUGUGUGUGUGUGUGUGUGUGUGUGUGUGUGUUGGUGGG